AUGUCUACAAGAUGGCUCUAUAAUCUCAAGUUAUUCAUCAUUCUAUUCUUCUGUUUCACUAUAUUUUUCCUGUUAUUUUAUCCGGAGUACACAGGAAAUGGACAUUUGGGGUCAUAUCGAACUGCAUUCCUUCCGGUGACAAGGAAUAAGAGAUUUCUAGUUGCAGCUGAUGAAUGGAGAACUUGUUUUUCGGAUAAAUUGAAGAAGAGCCGACAGGAACCGAAGGAGAUGUGGUACUGGGUUAAACGGGCAACGAAUCAAUGCAGAAAUCAGACUUCUUUUUCGAGAAUCGAGUUGACUGGAGUUAAAAACAAGGAUGAAAUGAAGUAUCACGUCUACAGUCCCUCUCAAGAGCCAAGUGUCGUCGUUACUCUCGGAAUAGGAUUGGAUGUGAAAGCAGAGACAACACUCAAGAAUACUCUUCCGUUUGGAUCAAGAUUCUUUGCUGCUGACCCAAUUUUCAAGGGAAAUGGAGAACUUUAUGAGCCAGUUGGAUUGUAUUUCCCAUUUGCUGUUGGAAAGGAAACAGAUGUUUCGACAGCUUUGGUUCUCAAGAAUGGUCACUACAUAAAACAAGUGAUGCCUCAUAUCGACAUCAUCACUUUCUUCAAAAAGUUUGUCAAGGAAUCAACGAUAGAUCAAUUUCUGAUGGAUAACGAAGGACCGGAGUAUGAUAUUCUUCCGAUGAUGGCUCGUGGAGCGGAGUUCGAUCAAAAUGGGAUAGUUGUGUGUCAAGUGAAUACAGAAGUUCAUCAAGCGGAUGAAGAGAGAAAAACAAAGUUUUUGGGGAUAAUGAAUACAAUUAUAGAAGACGGAAGAUAUGCCUUCAUGGUCUCUUAUGCAACUGUUCAUCACCGAUUUUUCUUCAUUAAUAUUGAGCAUCCGAUUUGUGUUGAGAAGUAUUUUGCGAGGUUUUUUUGA